ACUGACACAAGGGGAGAUAACUAUCACGCACCUGUGGCCCAACACAACAACAGAGCAAGCCAUGUGUGUCAGUCAGUCAGUCAGUCAACCAAGGAGAACACCUACAGGUUAACUUGACACGGUGUUCCCGGGCUAAACGCAAUUAGUGGUUAUCAUGCGUGAUACGUGUCUCCGUGAGUUACUACGAUAUGAUACAAGCUGUCAUCUUGGACAAUGAAUACAAAUAAGGACUUACGGGAGUCAGUGAUUACUGAUGUUGGCUAACACAACUGAAGGAUAGAUACAGCAUGUGAUUUUGGAUGAUAUAACUUUGGCCAGCUGUAGUUAUCCAUUAUGAAUGGGAUGCGAGUGGACGAUCUGACACACCUGGUUGGUCCACUUACGGAAGACAGCAUUGUCAGAUGUCUGCAAGCCAGGUUCUACAGUCAGCAGUACCAGACAAGUGUCGGGCCGACUCUGAUAUGCCUGAACCCAUUCCACCAUGUUCCCUCACCGGUGGUCCUACAGGACUGUCACCAAGCAGGGCACCAGCUGCAGGGGCUGGUCAACACGGCCCUGUCCCAGCACAUUGACUCGGGGCACUCGCAGCUCAUUGUCCUCAGUGGUGAGGGUGGGAGUGGGAAGACUCACUGCACCAUGCACAUCCUGCGGCUGUUGUACGAGCGGUCAGGCGGUGGCACAAAGACAGACAUGUUCAGACACCUCAUGGCGGCCAUGACGGUUCUCCGUGCGCUGGCAUCAGCUGAGACUACAUGCAAUACGGACAGCACACGCAUUGGCAUGUACUUGGAAAACUUGACCUCCGACUGUAUGAUAUACAGAACCAAGAUUCAUGGUCUGUUUGUAGACCAGGGUCGAGUGACCUAUGUUCCACGGAGGGAGAAAAACUACCAUAUAUUCUACCAGAUGCUGGCUGGAUUGUCUGAUGAAGAAAGAGUGAAGCUACAUUUAAAGGGGUACUCUCUGCACAACCUGCGCUACCUCAGCUGCGGCAACCUCCAGCAGAACGUGACAGACGACAUGCAUAGAUUUGAUGUAUGGAAGUCCUCCUUGUCAGUGCUAGGAAUCCCUGUGAUGGACAUAUUGCGGGUUUUGGCGGCCAUCUUGUUGCUGGGGAAUGUAGAGUUUGUGGAGAGCCCAGGGAUGGAGCUGGAAGUUGUAGGGAACGAUGAAAUCAAGUCUGUCGCAGCUCUGCUGGGCGUGUCAGGGGUGUCCUUGUAUCGGGGCUUUACAACGAGGACUCGCCAUGUUCAUGGCCACGUCUCCCGGAGUAUUACGGAUGCAAGAAGUGCUAACUCCACUCGAGAUGCCUUGGCGCGGGCCCUGUAUUACCGUACUGUGUCCACGGUGAUGAAGAGAGUCAACAGUAUACGUCGUCAGGUGUCCAAUCUUGCCCAGAGCAUGGAGAGCCUUGAGUCCAAGGGGAGCCGAAAUAGUGCACAGUAUAGUCAUCGUCCAGACAUCCUUACCACCAACCCCGGGGAUUCAUCCUCCACAAUCCAACAUGGCCGCAAGUUCUCUGAUGGCUUUGUGGGUAUCAUGGACCUUUUUGGGUUUGAGCUUGCAGAGGUGAACCAACUGGAGCAGCUGUGUGUGAACCUGUGUGCCGAGGCCAUGCAGAACUUCUACAACAGCCACAUGUUCCGCAGUCCACUGGAAGCCCUCCACGAGGAGGGUAUUCAGCCGGAGAUUGACAUCGUGCACUUCAACAACAUGCCUGUCAUUGAGCUGCUGUCAUCACAGACGAAUGGCAUCGUGAGCAUCCUGGAUACACUGACAGCGCAGCCCAAAACGACAGUCGAGACGUUCGUGCAGGAGAUUAAGGCUAGGCACAUGAUCAACAAUUAUUUCUUUGAGCCACUGCCAAAGGUUGAGCGGUUGUUUGGUAUUCGCCAUUUCUCAGGCCGUGUGGUUUACGAUGCCAGCAACUUCCUCUCCACCAAUCAGGAUCAAGUUCCUGAUGACAUCGUCAGUAUUUUCUCCAAGCAGAACUGUAACUUUGGGUUUGCCUCACAUCUCUUCGCGCGUGAAGUCAAAACCAUGAGUGACAAUGGUCAGGGCCCGCGAGGGACAAGGUACAGGAUUCUACCCACAAACCACCAUGACACAGGAAAAAGUGAUGAAGAUUGUCGAGGGUCGCUGUGCUAUGACUUCCAACUGAGACUCGACAGCCUCCUCAAGUCGGUCGUCAAUGCUAAGCCACACUUCAUCAGAUGUGUCAGGAGUAACGAUCACGGCGAGAUGGACUCUUUUAGUCCAGAGACUGUCAUACAACAGAUCCGAUCACUGCAGAUCCUGGAGACUGUGAGGCUUAUGGCAGGAGGUAUGCCACACAGGAUGCGGUACAAGGUUUUCAAUGUCCGCUACUGUCUGUUCCUGCCUCAGGCGGCCCAGCUCCCGCUGCAGAGUCCACAGGAAGAGUGCCGGACAAUCCUGACCAGCUUCCUAAGGGCCAUGGAUAACAGCAUGCUCCCCUAUGUCAGUACACAGUGGACACUCGGCAAGAAGCACCUGUUCUACAGUGAGGGCACACGCCAGAGUCUCGAAGGCAUGCGCCAGGAGAGACUACACGACGCUGCUGCCAAGAUACAGGCAUGCUGGCGAGGGUCAAAAGUCAGAAGGGUGUGGCCUGAAGUAAGAGCUCGGCUAAGAACACGGAAAUCAUCAGAGAAAAGGUUAAGACACAGGUCCUCUUAUUCCUCCUCCAGUGCCAGCAGCACCCAGCACCUGCUGGAGGAAGAAUACCGACCAUACAGGGGAGAUCGCUCCCAGCCACACAGGGGAGAAUACUCCCAGCCACACAGGGGAGAUCACUCCCAACCACAUAGGGCAGAUCACUCCCAGCCACACAGGGGAGAUCAGUCCCAGCCACAUAGGAGAGAUCAGUCCCAGCCAAACAGGGGAGAUCACUCCCAGCCACACAGGGGAGAUCACUCCCAGUCACACAGUGGGCCUCCUCAGAGUAACAAGAUAGAUCACCAGCGCCACAAUAGGGAUCAUUACCUGCAUGGUAUGGAUCAUCAGGGGAUAAAUCACCACCUGCACAAUGUGGAUCAUCCUAGCAGAAAGAUGGACCAUGAGAAGCACAAGGUGGAUCAGCAGACGUCAAGGUUGGAGCGGAGACCGGUGGAGAAGGUGGAUGAACGGGUCCUGCAACAAAUAUGUUCCAUGUAUUCUAUCAACCAGGAUUCCAGACCCCCAGUGCCAUCAAGACGGAACUACCUGGUGUAUGGUGGGAUGAGGCUGGAGUUCCCCCACUACCGCAUCAUGAAACAUAACUUUGCAGCUGAUUCACAAGGUCUGGUGCUCAUGAAAGGUCAAGAGGUGAAGGUUGUUGGUGUGUCGCAGCAGAAAGGUUAUGUGAGGAUCAAUUAUUGCAACACGAUCCUUCACGUUCCCCACGACUUCCUGGACUUUAAGUCCAAUGUUGAUGUAACGUGUACAGAUAUUUGACGGGAGGCCAACAACUACUGAAGAGAUUGGUGCAUUGGGAAAGUGCUAUGGUGAAACUACCUCAAAGACUACUGCCAACGGAACAUGUACUCCAACUCCAUAUGUUGGUACUGAGAUUACAGCCAUAUUCACUCAGAUAGGAUCACGGCAAGCUGGGUGGUGAUGAUAGGAUCACGGUAAACUGGAUGGUGAUGACUAGUCAUAAGAGUUGUGUGGAAACACGACUAUUGAAUGACCUUGAACCUAUCAUGUGUAUCGACAAUGCAGUGUCGCUUGUUGAUUGAAUAGUUGCUUCCGGUGGCAAGUAUUUUUCAGGUAAUGCUACCUCAGGAUGUGUUCUUCAUGAGGAACUGUUCACUGCAGUGAAAUACAACAGGAACGUAUUAUGUAAUGGCAGGAGAAUUUACUUGGACAAGUGUUUUUGAUUUUUCCUGAAACAUCUUUGUAUAAACAGAAUCUCAUGUGGAUUAAUGAAACUUGUCUUAUUCUGUAUUCUUUAUUCGCAAAAAAAGUGAAGCAAGACUAAAUCUUCAUUUGGUUGAGAUUUGAGACAGGUUCAUAUAGCAUUGAAGGCAUAUGAUUAAUUUCAUUCAUGUCGGUCUUUAGCUUUGGCCGAGCAUUAGUCAAGUGACUGCACCCUGGAUGUUGAUGGACGACAAACAGACCACAGUCCUACUGGCACUGCCCCCUCUAUCCGGCCAAUAUUCAGAAGUCCAAGAUUCAGAAGUCCAGUGUUCCUGGUGUGUUCUACUUGACUCCAGGACCGGGUUCAACAAAUCCAAGCUGAAUCCAUAUAAAUCAAAUAUGGUCAGCUUAGUUUUAGGGUUGAAGAAUUGCCCCCAAACUGACUGACCUUGACUGAAGGAUAAGAUGAGCUUGAGGUGGACCCGGCACUUUGACAGGGGUGUCAGGAAGUGAACAGAGGUGAACACAUGGUGGUAGGAAGGGCACUCAUCUGGCACAACAUGGUCGGUGGACAGCCUCCCCUCCCUCUGUGUACCCAUCGCUACAUUCAAACUUUACAAAUUGAGAUUUGGUAUUCUCAAUCAAGACAUUUAUCGAGCUGUUUGCUUCAAUAAAACUUAAAUGGUCAUUGUUUGAAGUUACCUUCACCAUGAAACAGAUGCUAAUAAAUGAAAAUCAGACAUUGAUGGCAAGGUCAUUUCUCUGUUGAUCUCAACUAGGAACUUCAAGUAGACCUACUCAAGCUUGUGCAAGGCCUGUCAUAAAGGGUAUCACAUGACCUUGUUGGUGCCGAGUGAUAAUAGUUUCCUCACAGCUGAUAACAACUCAAAACUAUCCUUGGACUCCUGAAACAAUUCUCGAACUUCUGAGGCUAAUUUCAAAAUGCUUUGGAAAACUUGGAUUCCACUGUCGAAGGAAGCAAUGAUUUGAUGAAUGAUGUUUUCAGAUAACUAGACAAUCAGGAAUAUGAUGUAUGACGAAAGCAUCUACUGAAUGAAAUUUUGACCGCAUUUAAGAGUAAUUAAGACCAUGAAAGUCUUAUGAAAUGACAUUGAACUUGAUGCUGUAUUAUCUAAAGUGACUUUAUCAUGCAUGCAUUAUCUUUUACCAGUGAACCAAAAGUAUUGCCAUUUAAUUGUUCGCAGUAAUAUUUGAAAUUAUCAAAUGUUUUACAAUGACAAUCAGAUCCUUAGGAAGGGUAGAUGGACUACAUUUUAGUCACACAUUUUAUCCGAUAUCCUGUUUUUCUCAUUCUUGUUGUAUGACAACUAAAUUUGUGUCCGCUGACCCGCAAUGAUAUGACUGAAAUACUCUUCACAGCUCCUUCAGAACACUUCUAUCCAUAACUGUCUGUAAUCUGGAUGUAAUUGGGAGGUAAAUUUGAGUUGGUGUGAACACUGAAACAAUACUAUUUCAGAUGAUACUGCACUGCACCAGUUGAGGCAUUUACCUUCCUUAUACAUUACCCUGUUUCUCUAUGUUCUGUAUGUUUCUUUUUCAUCAUUAGCAAUAAGAUUAAGAUUGCAUCAGCAUGUUUAAUCCAGGGAUUUACCAGUGUAUAUCUACUUGUGACUCAGGAACACAUGGUGGCCCCAGUUUUGAAAACAGUAGUACAGUUUGACCACUGUGACUAUACUACUGGACAUCUACAGGCUGGUAACAUAAGGCACAAUUAACUUAUAUAAUGUCCUAUAUACGGUAUAUUACUUGAAGCCCUGUGCUAAAUAUGACAGGUGAUUUCUUUGUUUGAAACAAAACUCAGUGAUUGAGCGAAGAAGAUAAGAAAUGGACAAUCGGAUCUGAGACUGUAUUUCUUGUGAAAAUACCUGCAAGUAUAGAAAACACAGGCAGUGAUAAUCUUAGCAAUGUAAGUAAAACAUAACGUACACGUUAAAAUUGAACUGAUUUUAAUGAUGCAAACAGAUGUAAUUUCAUGGGACUCAACAGUACAUAUUAUUUAUUUAUUUAUAUUGAGGAUGCAUACCCAGAUGAUCUGUGAAGAUACGGGGUAGAAUAGGUCUUCAGCAACCCAUGCUUGCCAUAACAGGCUACUGUGCUUGUCGUAAGUAGCGACUAACCGGAUCGACUUGGUUGAUGCAUGUCAUUGUAUUGGAGUGGAUCGAUGGUGAUUAUGUCAACCACUGGAUUGUCUGGUCCAGACCCGAUUAUUUACAGACCCCGUCAUAUAGCUCCAAUAUUGCUGAGUGCGGCGUUAAACAAAAAGCAAACAAAUCAAGCAAAGUCCACCCAUAAUCACCCUGUAGAUAUAAAUAAGUUUCAGAAUAUAGCAUGGUAUAUGGAAUGAAGCAUCCAUAAAAUCUACCUUCACUCCAACAAUUGGUGCCCAGACUUUAACAUUUAUCACCGCUCCCCUUUCCGCAACCUGCAUUCGUCACCACUCGCCCCUUUCCGUAACCUGCAAGAACAAUCAAUCGUAUGACUUCAAGUUCUUCGUCAAAGAAUCCCUCAGAAAUAAUUUUUGAUUUUACAUGUCUUGCAUCUAAAAAUAUACCCAAGACACACUUAAAUAAAUUUAAUCACACUGUAUAAUUCAGGAACCUGGUCGCAAAAAAGGCCACGAGAAUAACACGAGUUGGUCACGAAUGCAGACUUCAAGUUUGACACAUACGACCUGUGAUGUUGACAUUAAAUACAAUCACCACACUGUCCUUGUAGCACUGGAAUGAAGCAAUGUUAGUACUUAGCGGGUAAUAGUGCUUGCAACUUGAUGUAUCUUUACAAAACUUAUUCUGUGUGUCAGUAGACCAUGCCAAUAAUUCUGUGUACACAAAUUCGUUUGUUCCCAUGUGUACUUUUCUUUGCUGGUGUAGGGUUUAUAACACAGCAUAUUUGCAUCUGUGACAAGGAAGCAAUACUCUCUGUAAUCAUGGCAGUGUACCAGCAAUCACUGAUGUGUAUAACUGAUCAUCAUGUUACAAAUGUUACAAAUACUAUUUACCUAUUUACUAUCCAUAUAUGACAAGUACCCCAUCACAGAAAUAUAACAGCGAUCUACACAUCUCAAGGGACAGUUACAUGCAUGAGUAAUGAUGACGGUAUUAUCAUGGCUCAGUUUGGUAGCCAUUUCCUAGGAGUAUUCUAAAUGAUGAUGUCUUGCAAACACAUUGCUGAUGUCAUCUGAUGACUGCUAAACAUUUUCAGGUAUUUGGAGAGAAAUAUGUUCGUCACAAAAUGUGUCAUUUAUUUUUUGAAACAGUUCCUUGAGAUUAAAGAAUUUAUGAUGAAACACUUUUAUUUCAUUUAAACAGUAUUUUAUCCCAAGAUCUCAAAUGUAGUCUGUAGUCUAAUAAAAUUUAAGAAGUCCAACUCAAUGAUUUGACAAGUCUAGAUUGCUUCAGCUCCACAAAAUAAGCUUCUGAAAUUAAGGAUUGUUCUGGGCUCCAUUUGGAUUUUUAUUUUUUAACUUUGUAGAUAUAUUUUUUAAAUAAGAUAACUUUAUUUCUGGGACAAAAUGUCAGUCUAUCUCAAAUAGUGCAUUUACAUGAACACUGACAGGAUUGUCAGGCUGAGCCUAUAUAAAUGCCUUUCUCCCAACAACUAUCCCUUUAAUGUUUAAUUGUGCAAAUGAUUAUUGAGUAAUGCUUAUAUGUAAAGCAUUUCUAUAAGGACCAUUAAGGGUUGGGUCCUCGGGUCCUUGUUCCUUGCUUAUGGACCUCAUCAAGAGUAAUUAUUUGUAUAAUAUUGCUGACUGAGUUGGAAACCAAAAGGCGAAACCUUUGAAUAGAUAGAAUGUGUAUUCUAUACUUUAUACACAGGUUUCAAUAUAACUGUAUUAUAUACUUCAGUGUGAAAGACUGAGUUUUCUGAAGUUGAGAAAAGUGAUAAUUUCAUUGCAGUGAACAUAACACCUGAUAUUUCACUGCAGUGAACAUAACACGUUGACGGAACUAUGUUGGCCUACACGAGACAGCUCGUACACAAACUGUUGAUUUACGUCAGUUCAACGUUGACAAGUCAUAUAAUGACAGAUGGUCAUUUAUGUAGUUAAUAGCGAUUCUUACCGUUUGUUAUUUUGUUGAAAAUGAUUUGUAUUAACCUGUGAAUUUCUCUUCUGAUUUGUCAGUCGAUACUUUACGUUUUGCAAAGCGCCAUUUUGUUACUUGAAUUGCGUGUAUUCUUUCGCUUCGAACU